GGUCGACUGUAAUAUUGAGGAUGCGAGGUAACGAACAAUGUAAACCCAUAUGCGGAUGGAUAUCGUGGAUUGGAAUUAAUUGUAGAUUUUAUAAAAUUGUCUAAAUGUAAAGAAAAGGGGAUUUAUCAUUGGACGUUGGCGGCAUCGCGUUGAGACAGAUCCGGGUGCGAUUGAACGAUAGUGCACCGUUGAAGUUCGACUAGAGGUACUGUCAGACAAAACAACGGUGUUGCGUUGUGCAUCCGCAUCGCUUUAAUACUUUAUUCAUUCGUGACUCGUCCAGAUUUUAUAAUUCAAGGCCACGGAGACCUUCGAUUUUAAAUGUGCUGCCCACCCCAAGGGCACAGGCUGCGACCAUUGUUUCCUUGUCAUAUUUCAUACACAACAACACAGCGUCUUUCGUCCAUGCACCUACCAUGCACCGACAGCUCACUAAAAUAUUUACGUGGCUGCUGGCGUGUUGGUUUGCUUUGUGUAUAGACGGCAGCCUGUCUCCUCAUUCUUUCUAACGACACCACGCGCAAUUAAGGUAAGAAGCCGCGUUAUUACCGCGAGACCCAUAACUGAACUUAGACUCAUACUAAUUAUAUAAAUACCCAGAAUGGAAUAUUAAUAACAUAUUUAAAGAAAUUCUGCCUCUUAUCUGAGUGGAAAGAGCGGGAGGGACGCAGAAAGAGGUGUGAGAUUACGAGCGAACGCGCGCUCGCUGCGUCUGCUCGUGCGAUCCGCUCUGUAACUCAAUCAGGUUGUAGAGCUGUGAAGGGAGAGGACGCGCUUUUCAGGGGAGAGAAGGAGAGAGAGAAGUGUCCACAGAGAGCUUCAGGGGUGGACCGUAUGGCGCGGGUGUUAUUGCAUCACGUAACAUUGUGCUAGUGAAAACAUAAGCAGGGACAUUUGACGGAGAGAGAGAGGAGAGGAGGAAGCGUUCAGUCAGUGUCGGCAGAUGAUGAGGAAGGAUGCGGCCAUACUGAAGGACCAGCGUUAUAACAGGGGCGCGCAGAGGGAUUCACUGAGCCAUGAGGAGAGAGGCGCUACGAAGAGAGGGGAAAUUUCACCGCAUCACUUCCAGUGCACGACAGCGAAGAGUAAAUACAUUUAUGUCGCAUGAGCCUAUCAUGCUGUAAGCAGAGAACGGAUAAGCAAGAGUGAUUCGUCUUUGUCUUUUUCGCUAAUGGACAAGUGGACACUGGGGCUAUGCUGGAGCUUCGGCCCCUGCUGUCCACCCCAUCUCCUCCCUGCUGAGGCUCCCGGCCGGGCCCCGGAGCACAGAGGGUGAGAGAGACAGCCUCAUGCAGGCACGCAAGAAGUACGUGCUUCUGAGCCUAUGCACGUGCUGCUGGCUGCUGCUUUAUUAUUGGGGUGGCUUGCAGGAACGCCUUCUGGGUCUCAUCACCCACAGGAGGGGGGAUGUGGCACGGCCCUGGCCCGACUGGCUGGAUCGGGCCCUGCUCCCAGGCUACGCUGACCAGGCCGAGCUUCAGCAUGGCGGAGGACCCGGUGAGUCACCCAGGCAACGGCGGCAGGCAUGGGCUGGAAUUUACAAAGACAGUCGAUGUAGGAUGGACACCUGCUUUGACUUUGCCAGGUGUCAAGCUCAAAAUAGUUUUCGUGUGUACGUCUAUCCACCAGAGAAAGGAGAACGGGUGUCAGAAAGUUAUCGGAAGAUUCUCACCUCAGUUUCCGAAUCACGCUAUUACACGUCGGAUCCGCGCGAAGCAUGCCUUUUUGUGCUGGGCAUCGACACGCUGGACAGGGACCAGCUGUCCACACAGUUCGUGCCCAACGUUGACGAACGCAUUCGAGGAUAUCCUCUCUGGAACGACGGGCGCAACCACGUCAUCUUCAACCUUUAUUCGGGAACCUGGCCUAAUUACACAGAGGACCUGGGCUUUAAUGUAGGUCAGGCCAUUUUGGCCAAAGCAAGCCUGAACACUGAACACUUCAGACCGGGCUUUGACGUCUCCAUACCUCUUUUCUCUAAAGAACACCCGCAAAAGGGCGGCGAGAGGGGAUGGUUAGUUCGCAACACCGUCCCGCCACGACGGAAAUACUUGUUAAUGUUUAAAGGGAAACGUUACUUGACGGGCAUCGGCUCAGACACUCGCAAUGCUUUGCAUCAUAUCCACAACGGCAAGGACAUUGUGUCGCUAACAACGUGUCGCCACGGCAAGGACUGGGAGAAACACAAGGACGCACGCUGCGACCAUGACAACCAAGAGUACGAAAGAUUUGAUUAUCAAGAGCUGCUCCAUAACUCCACCUUCUGCCUCGUUCCUCGUGGCCGGCGCUUGGGAUCGUUCCGUUUCCUAGAGUCUUUGCAGGCCGCCUGUAUCCCAGUGUUACUCAGUAAUGGCUGGGAGUUACCUUUCUCUGAAGUCAUCCAAUGGAACCAGGCUGUCAUCGAGGGCGACGAGAGACUGUUGUUACAGGUGCCGUCGACAGCGCGUGCUGUGGGCAUUGACAGAGUGCUCGCGCUGAGGCAGCGCACACAGAUGCUCUGGGAGGCGUAUUUCUCCUCAGUGGAUAAGAUUGUACUCACCACACUGGAGAUCAUAAAGGACAGAGUGUAUUCCCACAUCUCCAGAAAUAAAUUAAUGUGGAAUUCCUUACCUGGUGGGCUGCUGGUUCUGCCCGAGUACUCUACACACCUGGCCCACUAUCCCUUCUAUUACUUAAACCUUGGGAUCAGCCCAGGUCAAGAGUUUACUGCUAUCAUUCAUGCCACAUCACCUCUGGUGUCCCAGUCUCAGCCAGUCAUGAAGCUUCUGCAGGUCGUCUCCAAAUCCAAAUACUGCUCACAGAUCAUAAUCUUGUGGAACAGUGAAAAGCCGCCCCCUCACCGGAAUAAAUGGCCACCUAUGCCAGUGCCCCUUAGCGUCACAGAUGGCAGAAGAAAAACGAGCAGUCGUUUCCUUCCUCAUGCAGCUAUUGAGACAGAGGCGGUUUUGAGCCUGGAUGAGGACACCGUUCUGUUGACCAGUGAGAUCAAUUUUGCUUUCCACGUGUGGCGGAGUUUCCCUGAGAGGAUUGUUGGCUACCCUCCCAGAAGCCAUUUUUGGGACCCUGUUAAACGAGCUUGGGGCUACACCUCUAAAUGGACCAAUGAGUACUCCAUUGUCCUCACUGGAGCAGCCUUCUAUCACAGGUAUUACCAUCACCUGUUCACUCACUACCUGCCCUCCUCCCUGCGUGCGCUGGUGGAUCGCACCUCUAACUGUGAUGAUAUCCUGAUGAAUUUCCUGGUCUCCGCUGUGACACACCUGCCACCCAUUAAAGUGGCGCAGAGGAAGCAGUACAAAGAGAUGCCGAUUCUGCAGGGCACAAAGAUGGCCCCAUGGGCGAACCCUGAGCACUUUACCCAGAGGCAAGAGUGUGUUAACGCCUUUGCAAGCUGGUUCGGCUACAUGCCCCUCGUGCACUCUCAAUUUCGCCUGGACCCUGUACUCUUCAAGGAUCACGUGUCUGUUCUGCGCAAGAAGUACAAAGACCUGGAGCGCGUCUGAGUUAGUUGGUUUAGACUGGAGACAGGUCACAGACUGAUACAGACACUGGUGGAGAGAUCUCACUAAAACAGAAAGAUCCUGACGACUUCAGCUUCUGGUUUUGGGUGGAUUCAACCUCCCUGCUGGCUUGUGGUGGCCAAUCAGUGGACAGGAUGGGGAUAUAUAUGACCGGUUCUCUAUGUAUGACUUCAUACAAGAUAAAAAAAAUUCGCAGAUUUGUCUAUCAUUCCUGCUGCCGUUUCAUUGGAGAAGAGUUUGUAGCGUUACGUGGUGAUGUGUCACCACCACCAAGCAACGGACUGAUUACAUGAACUGAAAAUUAUAUGACCAAUAAAAUAAUAAUGAAAUGCAAA